AUGCCGCGAGGACGGAGGGAAAAGCCACCCGGUGAGGAGCAGCCGCCGUCGGGGAGACGCCGGGAGGGAACCGAGGUCGGCUGGAUCCGCUUCAUCCUCAUCCAGAACCGGGCAGGCAAGACCCGCCUGGCCAAGUGGUACAUGCAGUUCGACGACGACGAGAAGCAGAAGCUGAUCGAGGAGGUUCACGCCGUCGUCACCGUCCGCGACGCCAAACACACCAAUUUUGUGGAGUUCCGUAACUUCAAGAUCAUCUACCGCCGCUACGCUGGGCUUUACUUCUGCAUCUGCGUGGACGUCACCGACAACAACCUGGCUUACCUCGAAGCCAUCCACAACUUCGUGGAGGUGACAUAA